UAAGGAGUGCUUUGACGGUUAAAGUUUCAAAUUGUAAUGAGAGUUUCUAGGAUCUGCUGUUGCGACAACAUGCACAGAUCCACCUAUUCCCAAGCGAAAUUUGAGCACUGCACCUGCACGGGGCGAGAAUCCCGUCCCAGCUCCACCACCUCCUCCACCUGUAGAUAUGCAAAAGGGACCUUCCACAGUACUUGAUUCCGGAGUUUAUGGUGAUGAUGCAUGCUUCAUCUCACGGUUCAAAAACACUUUUGUAGUAGGUGUUGCGGAUGGUGUUGGAGGUUGGCGUAAGUAUGGAAUAGACCCUUCACAGUUCAGUCGAAAACUGAUGAGAGAAUGCGAAAAGCGCGUCAGCAGUGGCGACUUCGAUCCAAAGAGGCCAGAAACACUGCUAGAGAAAGCUUUCAAAGCGACCGCAGAAUCUCCGCGGCCAGUUGGCUCUUCGACUGCAUGCGUCUUGGUCGUUCAUCAGGAGAUGUUAUACUCUGCGAAUCUUGGAGAUUCUGGAUUCAUGGUAGUCAGAGAUGGACGAGUACUCACCAAGAGCGAAGAACAAGUCCAUUAUUUCAAUGCUCCUUUCCAGCUUACUCUUCCUCCUGAAGGCUAUCGCGGUUUCAUUGGAGACACACCUGAUCUGGCUGACAAAUCAGAGAUACGCGUGCAA